AUGGAAACUCAACCGAAUGGUCAAGUUUUUCACCAACCGCCCACUGUUCCACCUAAUGUAGGAAUGAGCUAUGUCACUCCACAAGCGCCAUUAUCAUACAAUAACACAUCGUCAAAUAAUCAAUGGUCGAAUUAUGUAAAUCAACCAUCAAACAACAAACAAUGGUGGCAAUAUGUCGGACCAUACAAUCCUUAUCGUACAACAUAUCAAGAUUAUGGUCCUCCAAAAAACCAAUCUUAUCCUACGUCCAACAUCUACUAUAUGCCACCAAAUACCUAUAGACAAGGUCUCAAUAUGAAUGUUGGCAGUGGAAAUUUGUCUGAAACAAUGUCUUACUCAACGAACAGUUCAAUGCCUUACAAUUCACCUCGAUCUCCACAAUAUAUGUGA